CUGAUGUUACGUCAUGAUCAAAUCGUGGCCGAUUUGUUAUUGUAGGAGUAAUGUGUAGAUGUCAAGCAAAGUUUACUUGAUAAACCUAUUGAUGAGCCAACGUACUUGUAAAAUUAAAUUUUUUAUUUUAAUUUUCUAAAUUUAUAGAAAUAUAUAUCUAUUUUUUUUGUUGAAUUGUAUAGAGACCACAUUCUUAAUAUUAUGGAGGACAAGUUUUGCUUUGCCAUUGAUCGAGGCGGUACCUUUACUGAUGUUUUCGCUGUUUGUCCUGGUCGUAAAGUUAAAGUUUUGAAGCUUUUGUCAGAUGAUCCUUCAAAUUAUAAAGAUGCUCCGAGAGAAGGAAUUCGACGUAUCCUCUCUGAAGUAACUGGAAAAAAAUAUGAAAUGGAUGAACCUUUACAAACAGAUGAAAUAGAUUGGAUUCGAAUGGGAACAACUGUUGCCACUAAUGCUCUCUUAGAAAGAAAAGGUGAAAGAAUUGCUUUAGUGAUUACAUCUGGGUUUAAAGAUGUUCUUCAUAUUGGGAAUCAGUCUCGGCCUAAAAUUUUUAGUUUGGAAAUAAAAUGUCCUGAAGAUUUGUAUGAAGAAAUUAUUGAAGUUGAUGAAAGAAUUGUUUUAGAAAAAAGCAAGUGUGAAAUUAAAAAAAUUUGCCCUACUUUAAUUAGUACUACAGGGGAGAACGUUAAAGUUUGGACUCCUUUAAAUGAAGAAAAACUUAGAAAUGACUUAAAUAUUGUUUUAUCAAAGGGAAUAAAAAGCUUGGCUGUUGUUCUAAUACAUUCCUAUAUGUUUCCUGAUCAUGAGCAAUAUGUUGGCAGAAUUGCUAAAGAAAUGGGUUUUGAUCAUGUUUCUUUAUCCUCUGAAGUAAUGCCCAUGGUUAAAAUUGUACCAAGAGGACAUACUGCGUGUGUAGAUGCAUAUUUAACUCCUUGCAUUAAAAGAUAUGUUACCAAUUUUUCAAAUGGAUUUGAAAAUAAAUUAGAAAAUGUCAAUGUGCUGUUUAUGCAAUCUGAUGGAGGAUUAACACCUAUGAAUUUGUUCUGUGGUUCAAGAGCUAUUUUAUCUGGUCCAGCCGGUGGUGUAGUUGGAUACAGUAAAACUACUUAUAGUAAAAAAUCACCUAUGCCUGUAAUUGGCUUUGACAUGGGAGGUACCUCUACUGAUGUUAGUAGAUAUGAUGGUUAUUAUGAUCAUGUCUAUGACACAGUUAUUGCUGGUGUUAACAUACAAGCACCUCAGCUUGACAUUCAAACAGUUGCUGCUGGCGGAGGUUCUAGAUUAUUUUUUCGUACUGGUCUUCUUGUUGUAGGGCCUGAAUCUGCAGGUGCUCAUCCGGGUCCUGUCUGCUAUCGAAAAGGAGGUCCUUUAACUGUGACAGAUGCUAAUCUUUGUCUUGGCAGAUUACAGCCAGAUUAUUUUCCUAAAAUUUUUGGAGCUACUGAAGAUUUACCUUUAGAUAAAGAUGGUACAAUCAAAGCUUUUGAAGAGUUAUCUGCAGAGGUCAGUCAGUUCAAUGACAGCCAAAGUGCAGAGAAAUCUAAAGAAGUUCAGUCCAUUGAAGAGCUUGCUUUAGGAUUCAUAAAAGUAGCAAAUGAGGCAAUGUGUCGUCCAAUAAGAGCUUUGACACAAGGAAAAGGCUUUGACACAUCACAACAUAUUUUAGCUUGCUUUGGUGGUGCUGGUAGCCAACAUGCUUGUGCAAUUGCUAAAAAUUUGGGUAUUUCUUCAAUCUUUAUACAUAAAUAUGCUGGUAUUCUUUCCGCAUUUGGCAUGGCUCUCGCUGAUGUUGUUUCUGAAGAACAGGAGGCUUGUGUUGAAGUUUAUUGUCCAGAAAACUAUCAGUAUUUUGAUGCAAAAAUUAAUGAACUGUCCACCAGAUGUUGCGAAAAUUUAAAGUCACAGGGUUUCAAAGAGGAAGAGCUUAGUUUUGAUGUAUUUUUAAACAUGCGUUAUGAAAGAACUGAUUGUUCAUUGAUGUGUCCACCUUUUCCCUUUGCAUCUGCUUUGUCAUGUGCUCACGGAGACUUUUUGAAAUCCUUUUUGGAAAGGUACAAAAGAGAGUUUGGAUUUUGCAUCCCUGAUCGACCAAUCAUUGUUGAUGACAUUCGUGUCAGAGCUAUUGGAAAUAGGCAUCUGAAUUUGGCCGAUACUAUUGAGGAAGCAGCAGAUCCUCCACAGCAUAAAGAGAUUGUUCAGUGUUACUUUGAUGAUGGUUAUAAGGAAACUAAAAUAUUUCUUCUAUCAGAUUUGUUAUAUAAGCAUGAAAUAUAUGGUCCUGCAAUAAUUAUAGAUGUUAAUUGUACCAUUUUGGUAGAACCAGAUUGUUUAGCAUCUGUAACUAAAGAUGGAAGUAUUCUAAUGAAGGUAUUAAAAGCAUCUGUACAGGGUAUUUCUACAGAAUUGGAUAUGAUUCAACUGUCUAUCUUUUCUCAUCGUUUCAUGAGUAUAGCAGAACAAAUGGGAAAAAUACUGCAGAGAACAUCUGUUUCUACUAACAUAAAAGAGAGGCUUGAUUUUUCAUGUGCACUCUUUGGGCCAGAUGGUGGACUUGUGUCAAAUGCACCUCACAUUCCAGUUCAUUUAGGUGCUAUGCAAGAAGCUGUGCAGUUUCAAAUGAGACAUUUGGGAGAUAACAUACAUGACGGGGAUGUUAUUUUAAGUAAUCAUCCAUGUGCUGGUGGUAGUCAUCUUCCUGAUUUGACUGUGAUCACUCCUGUAUUUCAUGAAAAUGUGCCUAAACCUGUAUUUUUUGUUGCUUGUCGUGGCCAUCAUGCCGAUAUUGGAGGUCUGACGCCAGGAUCGAUGCCUCCCAGUUCAACAUCAUUACUUCAAGAAGGAGCAAGUUUUGUGUCUUUCAAGCUUGUGAAGGAGGGUAUAUUUCAAGAAGAAGAAGUGACUGAAAUGCUGAAAGCUCCUGGUCUUCUUCCUGGAUGCUGCGGAACCAGAAAUUUAAGUGAUAAUCUCUCUGAUUUACGUGCUCAAGUGGCUGCUAAUAGAAAAGGUAUAACUUUAGUUCAUGAAAUUAUCAAGCAAUACAGUUUAGAAGUUGUGCAAUCUUAUAUGACUUAUAUACAGCAAAAUGCUGAGUUAGCAGUGAGAGACAUGUUAAAAGAAAUUGGAGAAACAUCUCGUAAAUCCAGAGGUACUACAACACUGGCAGCUAGUGACUGUAUGGAUGAUGGCACUGUCAUUAACUUAAAAAUUGAUAUCGAUGUUGAUAAAGGCAGUGCAGUUUUUGACUUUUCUGGUACAGGGUAUCAGGUAUAUGGAAAUUGUAAUGCUCCUAGAGCUGUUACUCUUUCAGCCAUUAUUUACUGCCUCAGAUGCAUGGUUGGUCACGAUGUCCCUCUGAAUCAGGGUUGUUUGGCUCCAGUGAAAAUAGUGAUACCAGAAGGAAGCAUCUUGUGUCCAUCAGACACGGCUGCUGUUGUGGGGGGAAAUGUAUUGACAUCCCAAAGGGUGGUAGAUGUCAUAUUUAAAGCAUUCAAAACUUGUGCUGCCUCUCAAGGUUGUAUGAACAAUAUAACAUUCGGAGAUGAAACUGUUGGAUACUAUGAAACAGUUGCAGGUGGUGCAGGAGCUGGUCCUGACUGGCAUGGCCGUAGUGGAAUCCAUACUCAUAUGACUAACACUAGAAUUACAGAUCCUGAAAUUUUAGAACGAAGGUAUCCUGUUAUAUUGGAAAAAUUCCACUUAAAUCCUGGUACAGGUGGAAAAGGAAAAUUUAAAGGAGGAGAUGGAGUUAUAAGAAAAUUGGUUUUUAGAAAAGACUGCAUGCUAUCAAUUCUAACAGAACGAAGAGUAUUUGCCCCCUAUGGAUUAGAAGGUGGAGAAGAUGGAAGUAAAGGACUUAAUUUAUUGAUACGCAAUGAUGGGCGUACUAUUAAUCUAGGAGCUAAAAAUUCAACCACUGUCCGUGCUGGAGAUUCAUUUCUGCUGCAUACGCCUGGAGGUGGAGGUUAUGGAAAACAAUGUGAUUGAGAACUUUUUAAUAUAAUUAGCUUAAAAUUAUUUUUGUAAAAUUUUAUAAUCAGAGAGUAAUAUUUGUUUAAAAAUUUGCUAUAAAUUUAUCAAUAAAAACUAUAUUUUUAAUUCACUA